UGUAGUUAUACUUGGAGUGAUGAGGCCGCGGAGGUGGCUUGAGUUUGCAGUGAGCAGCCACAGAUCUCUCCUCCUCUCUCUGCCGGGGAAACACGUGCGGAGCAGCAGCAGUAGGCGGCACCACGGCACUCUCAUGGCUGAGGAGGCCAAAAAACUGGCAGCUUAUGCAGCUGUGGAUAACCACAUACAGAAUAAUCAGGUAGUUGGAGUGGGCAGUGGCUCAACUAUUGUCUAUGCUGUGGACAGGCUGACUGAGAGGGUCAGACAGGAGAAGCUGAAUAUUGUGUGUGUUCCUACGUCUUUCCAGGCCCGUCAGCUGAUUCUACAGCAUGGUCUCACUCUGUCUGAUUUAGACAGACAUCCUGAGCUGGAUGUAGCGAUUGAUGGAGCCGAUGAGGUUGAUACUGCUUUGACACUGAUAAAAGGAGGCGGAGGAUGCUUAACCCAGGAGAAGAUUGUGGCUGGCUGUGCCAAACACUUCAUUGUCAUCGCAGACUAUAGGAAGGACUCGAAGGCCCUGGGGCAGCAGUGGAAGAAAGGUGUGCCGGUGGAGGUCAUUCCCAUGGCGUAUGUGCCUGUGUCCAGAGCCAUUGCCCGGCGUUUUGGAGGAGAGGCUGUGCUGAGGAUGGCAGUCAGUAAAGCUGUAAGAGAGUCUUACUAAUGGAUCUUGAAUUCCAUCCAUUUGUGCUAUUUACGUUUUUAAGGGUUCUUUUUUUUUUUUUUUACUUCUUAUUAUAAUAUACUUCUAUUACAUUACAUGUAAAACAAAAUCAAUGUCCUGCCCUAAAAUACGGACUCCAUGAUUUCUC